AAUACCGAUGCCUUGUCUUGGAAGAAAUUUCUUGCUUUGCGGAUACACUUUCAGUUGGCUACGGCGGGGUAGAAUCCAGUUUGCGGCCGGCGUCCGAUGCUGGCAAUGGUGCUUUCAGACUGUUCGUGUCCCUGUCCGUUUCUGUGAGCAAUGUUUGGUAGACGUCAGGGACCCAUGCUUACCAACCAGUAUGCUUCGAUGUUUUUUUCGUCCCAGACAGUCAUUAAUGGGAGUGGCUGUUCUUUGGGCUGUAUUACUUCCCCACUAGCCCCCUUUUGGAGUAACGAAUCUACAAGGUGGAGAGUCCCAUGCACUCAGAGGCUACCGUUUAAUGAUGUAUCACUUGUUUCUGUGGAUCCUUCGAUGGCUUCGAAGUGAGUGUGAGCUUCACUGUCGAUGUUUUUUGGGUUGAUCGCAGCAGAGGCGCCGUAUGUGGGCGUUCACGCGAUUUGGAUUGUCGAAGUUUGUUGCGAUGUCCUCAGCAGCGGAGAACUCAGGUCCUACUGGUUGUGACGAAUUUCUUGUCCGAAACUGUGUGAGAUAAUUAACAGCGGUCUUAACAAUAUCGGGGUUGAAGACUUUGUCGGCAUGGAUGCGACUGUUGUUGUGGUUGAAGAUGGAGCGCGGCACAGCCACGUUGGGCAAGGCGAGGUAGCAAGGAACAGCACCAGCGGAGUUCUGGCUUUCUUUUCCAGAAUGCUGGCGAGGAUUGCAAGUUACAUCACCCGGACACGACAUUUCUUUGUCUUCACAGUGUUCAGGGGAGGAAAUGUGGAAAUCAAGGAAGACAGAAGAGUUGUUUCGAAGACCGAGGUCAAGGUCAAGGAAAGUGUGCUUGUGGAAGCUUCUGGAGCUUUUGAGCCCGAACUUGUUGAAAUACUUGUCUCUCAACAGGAGGCAGUCAACCAUAGCCUUCCUGGUGUUGAUUCGAAGGUGGUGGUGCUCAACCCUGAUGAUUGUGGAAGUGAAUCUAUCGAGCAAACAAAGGAAGACGAGCAAUUAGAAAUUUCCAAUGCUCAUUUGCCAAUUUUGGAUGCCGAGGGUUAUGUUGCUUGUACAAUUGAGGAUAUGUUAGCUACUGGGCAAGUCACAACUGAUCCCCUCCAACAGAAACUAACUGCGGUGCCCCUUGAUUUUGAGGUCGUGGGACUCCAUCUUGAGGACCAUGGAUACAAAAUAGCCAAUCACAUGAAGGUUGCAAAGGAGUUAGAAACUUGUGGAGCUGACGAGCUAGCUCUAAGCUUUGAUAACCAUGAGGAAUGGGAUAUUGAGCAUAAAUCAGCCUCUGACCAGCCCACAAGCGAUCUACGCCAACACGUCUUAACUUCUGCAACCUGUGAACCUGUCAUUGCAUUACCCCUGGACCUUGACACGGUAGACCAUCUCGAAGGAGACGCACAGCGAACUGGCCUCGUACAAGAACAAAAUGCGUUUCAAGGAGAGUCUGUACAAAAUGUAAUUAGUGAGAAAUGUAUAAUUUUCCAAACUCCAUCUCCCAUCGCCGAUGCAAACGAUUCUACUACGGACAAGCUCCGUGAUUCGGCGAAAGACGACGCCCCGGAAUCGCCGAAGUUGAGUGCAAGCUUGCCGAAGCUGAAUACAUCAGUCUCCAUAGACCAGCUCAAUGCCACCGUUGGGGAGCAGUUGGUGAAGCACUUGAGGGAUCUGGAGAGGGUCAGUGUCACUGGGAAGCCGGAGUCACACGCAACUUGGAAUUCAAGGACGACUCACAAGAGAGCCAUCAUCUUAGCCACUCUAGUUGCGGUUGCAGUGUGGGCUAGAAAUGCAAAGCAGUUGCAUGAAUCCAUGCCUCGCAUCCGAGGCUCCGCCAUCAAUAUGCAUAUCAGGAGCCGUUUGUAACUGAGUUCAGGGACUGCGAACAUCUGCACUGCUUCUCCGAACAUGAAGAGAGCCACAACGGCUGAUCUUCAGGUCUCAGACAAGUUGUUUUUCUGCCUUGACAAUGAAUAUGGAAAUUUGUUGCCGUGUUGGGGUGCCUUCCAUCAUCUGCACCAUAGCCAAGCCAAGCAUACCCACUUUUUCACUCUUUUCUUCCUUUGUCACAACGGUACAUUUCACUGAGGCAAAUGAAUGCCCCCACCUUGAAUAGUUUAUUAGUUCACACAGAAUGAAUAGCCAUGAUCCGUGCCGAACGGUGCAUUCUUGUAAAAGGAAUCAAGCCGUGAAGUAUAUGUGUAUAUGUGUAUAUGUGUAUAUUUAUAUAUGAAGUGUAAUCUUGCACCUUAAGUUUGCCUAAAAAUAAGGUGUAAGGUACAAGCUUACAAUUAUAAAGGUUCCAACUUGGAGUA